AUGCAGCUCUCUAUAACACAUACUUGCUGUGGGACCCUGCUUCUGCUACUUGUUUCCAACCUGCUUCUGUGGGAGAGUGGAGCUGUGAUGCCCUUAUGUUUAGUAAGGAAUGGACUCUGCUUUGGCUCCUUUGAAGAAAUGCUUGAUAGAGCUGUUGGUUUGUCCGAAGAGAUAAGUAAACAAGCUUUCGAACUCUUCACUGAAUUUGACAAGCAGUAUGCCCAGAGCCAGAAGCUCAUUAACAAGAACCUCAAAAAAUGUCACACGUCUUCUCUCGAGCUUCCAAAGCCAGGGAGUGAAACCAUGCAGACACAGCCUAUAAACCUACUGAAAUUAGCAAGCAAAUUAUUGAGAGCCUGGAAAGUUCCUCUUGAACAUCUAGUGAACAACCUGCCAUCCUUGAAAGAUGUCUCUCCUACUAUCCUCUCCAAAGCCAGAGCGAUUGAGGCAAAAAGCGCUGGACUCCUGGAGGGAGUUAAGAGCAUUCUCAUCCAAAUGGAAAAUGGAGAUCCAGAAGAUGAGAACUACCCUGGCUGGUCUGGACUGGCAGCCUUGAAGUCAGAAAGUGAAGAAAUUCGCCUCUUUGCAUAUUAUAACAUGAUCCGCUGUGAGGGCAGAGACACCCAAAAGGUUGAAACUGCUCUCAAGAUGGUGAAGUGCAAAUUUUCAAAUAAAAACAACUGCUAA